CCUGUUCCAGAACUUAAACAUCAUCCAGUUCCAGAACUUGAACAUCAUCCAGUUCCAGAACUUAAACAUCAUCCAGUUCCAGAACUUAAACAUCAUCCAGUUCCAGAACUUAAACAUCAUCCAGUUCCAGAACUUAAACAUCAUCCAGUUCCAGAACUUAAACAUCAUCCAGUUCCAGAACUUAAACAUCAUCCAGUUCCAGAACUUGAACAUCAUCCAGUUCCAGAACUUGAACAUCAUCCUGUUCCAGAACUUAAACAUCAUCCUGUUUCAGAACUUGAACAUCAUCCUGUUCCAGAACUUAAACAUUAG